AUGGACUUGCUGAAAGAUGAACGACAAAAGGCUACACCAUCAGGACCGACUCUGCAGAAUACGGUGUUUGGGUGGAUAGUCUCGGGAAGAGUUCCCAACAGUACAAAUAGCGAGCCAUGUUCACUGGUUCAUGUGUGCUCGACGGCGGAAAUCAAAGAGCAGCUCACCAGAUUUUGGGAAUUGGAGACCGGUCGAACCGCCAGUAGCAAUUCCGUCGAAGAAACCACCUGCGAACAGUUUUUCAAGGAGACUACAGUAAGAGACGAGAAUGGCAGAUUUGUUGUGGUACUGCCAAAGAAGGAAUACGUUAUCAGCAAAUUGGGAGAUUCAAUGGCAACUGCUCUCAAACGGUUCAUGGGACUCGAACGACGAUUUGCAGCUAACCCAGACCUGAAGACGCUGUAUUCCCAGUUUAUCCACGAAUACCAAACUCUCGGCCACAUGAAAGAGGUCAUCGAUGAUACCGCCACAGGGAAGACAUUUUAUUCACCGCACCACGCUGGUCUAAAGCCGGACAGUACCACCACGAAACUCCGAGUAGUUUUCGAUGGCUCUUGUCGAACAUCUACGGGCAUUUCUUUGAACGACGGAUUGAUGGUCGGUCCCGUUGUUCAGGAAGACCUCCUCAGUAUCACGUUACGCUUCCGUAUCCACCGAUUUGCAAUAGUAGCCGACAUCGCCAAGAUGUACCGAAUGGUUCGAGUUCAGGCAACGGAUCAACCGCUACAAUGGAUCUUGUGGAGAGAUUCUAUCGAAGAGCCAAUCCGUACUUUCGAAUUGACGACCGUUAUGUACGGUACCGCGUCUGCGCCGUAUCUGGCCACAAAAUGCCUGCAAAGUUUAGCCGAGGAAAGAGAAGAAACGCAUCCAGAUGCUGCUAAGGUGCUCAAGCAGGACUUCUACGUGGACGAUAUGCUCUCAGGUGUAGACGACGUGAAGGAUGGAAGGAAAUUGAUCCAACAGCUGGUCGAGCUUUUACAGUCAGCAGGAUUUUUACUUCGCAAGUGGAAUUCCAACAGUAAGGAGCUCCUACAGAACGUGCCUGAGCAGUUGAGGGACGAUCGGUCGAUCCUAGAGUUAGAUUCGUCUAGUUCAACCAUCAAAACGCUAGGACUUGUGUGGGAACCCAGUACCGACAGCUUUCGAUUCACUACUCCAACCUGGAACUCCGCGGCUGUAGUCACCAAACGAAUAGUGCUCUCAGACGUCUCCCGACUGUUUGACCCUUUAGGCCUCGUGGGGCCUGUUAUUAUUCAAGCAAAAAUAUUCAUCCAAGAGUUAUGGAAACAAGAGUGUUCUUGGGAUGAACCGCUCCUGCCAGAGCUACAGGAAUACUGGCAAGAGUAUCGGAGAAACCUUGCUGGUUCGGCCUCUCUGUUCCUCGGUGGGUUGGACUAUCUAGCAACAUUGUAG